UUACCGGCUUCCAAGUUUGGUUGGUCAGGGGCUAUAAAACCAGCUGCCGGACCAUAGAGGGCUCCAGCCGCUGCCCAGAAGAGAGCCAACCACACCUAGAGAUGGAGAAACACCUGGGUCUCCUCUUGCUCUCCCUGCUGUCCUGCCCCGUGGCUCACGCUGGAGUUUUGCGGAGCUGGAUCAUAGGAGGGCAAGAAGCCAUCCCCCACUCCAGGCCCUACAUGGCUUAUCUGAAGGUAAGCUCCAACAUGUCGUGCGGGGGCUUCCUGGUGGCCCCGCAGUGGGUGAUGACCGCCGCUCACUGCUUCGGGGAAAUCACCGUCCUCCUGGGAGCUCACGACAUCAGGAAGGCGGAAGAGUCGCAGCAGGAGCUGGGGGUGGAGAGCUACCACAUCCACCCUGAAUACGAGGACGAGAUGUUCUCCAACGACAUCUUGCUGCUCAAGCUCACGGAGGAGGCUGUCCUGAACCAGUACGUGCAGACCAUCUCCCUGCCCAAGACCAGCAGCGACGUGCCCACAGGGACCGAGUGCCUCGUGGCGGGCUGGGGCCUCAUCAACGAGGAGCAGACCAGUGACAAGCUCUACGAGACCAACAUCACCAUAUACAACCGCCAGAAGUGCCUCGAGUUCUACCCCUUUCUCGACGAUGGCAUGAUCUGUGCCGGCAGCCCCCACCAGGUCAAGGACACCUGCCUGGGCGAUUCUGGUGGUCCUCUGGUCUGCAGAGGGGUGGCUGAAGGCAUCGUCUCCUUUGGCAAAAAAUCCCCUCCUGGAGUCUACGCCCGCGUCGCCAGCUAUCUCCCCUGGAUCCGAGAGGUCAUGGGGUAGAAGAUGCUCCCAGCCGAGAUGCUCCCAGCCGCUCCACUGCUGCCAGGACCGGCCCCGGCUUCCUUUCCCCAUUUCGUCUUCCAGCAGCUAGUCUCUCUCCUUCUCUGGCUGCGAAUCUAGUGUCAACCGCAGGGGGCUGGGUGCCGGGGCUCCCACCACUCCCUUGGGAAGAAGGGAAGGCUGUAAGGGGCCAAUUGCCAGAGGGAGCUUCAGAUCUCUCCAUGGGAGACCUCCCUCCAGCCCUCAGUUUCCGCCAGUGUCAGCUGGGUCCAGGAAGCCGGUGCUGGAGCUGGCACUAGAUUCUCAAAGCAGAAGUGGAGAUUUUUGCCUCGGCCCAUUCGGGUCUCUUCCCUCACCCCAUGUGCUCACUCCUGCUGCUGUAACAACUGUAACAAGCCUGACAAAUAAAUGCACCUGCUUUGC